GCUCAGCUCAGCUCCGAAAUGACAUUCCCUUCGCACUUCCACAUGUCCGGCACGUUCCACGACGGCGUCCAUCCCGGCCUGUUUCGCCCGCCCGUCUCGCCCAGCUCCAGCACUGACUACCUCCCGUCGUCGUCGUCGGCCUUUGCCGCCGAGUCGUCCAAGCGCAAAUGGAGCCGCAGCAGCGUGCCGCGCGUCCAGACCGGCAGCUUCUUCCACGACGUCUACAUGGAGAGCGACCCGGCUGCCGGUGCUGCUGCGAGGGCACAGUCGAGGUCCUACGCGCUGGCCGGCCAGCUUCACACACCCGUCAUCGGCGCGGGCUCGGAGGACAUGGACGGAGACGGCGAUGGCGAUGCUGAUACCGCCAUGGGCGAGAGCAUGUACUCCGACUCCGACUACAGACGGGCCCUCGGCACCAAGCGAUCGCGCGAGGACAUGUACGACAGCGCCAGCGGGCCGACGCCGCUCUUCAGCCAGCCCGAGCCUUUACAGACUUCGCAAUCGGGCAUCUGGGGGACGUUUUCCCUGUCGACCAUUGGCGACGUCGUUGGGCGUGUGUGGGAGUUUUGCAAGGCCGGCGCUUUCAAGGGCUUUUAUGCGGGAGGCGGUGCGGCGUACAAGAUGACGACUGCGGGCGUCAGCGUGGACGAGACGGGGCGGAACCACUACGGCACCGGCACCUACAAUGUCGGCUACGACGCUGCCUUUGACAGCCGCACGUCGACGCCCACCGGCCCGGCGCCCAAGAAGCGCAGACACACAGAGAGCGGCAGCGAGCUGGGCGCGAGCUGGGUCAUGAUCCAGGAGCCCAGCCGCGAGCCCGAAGCGAGGACGCCGCGGAAGACGCCUACCUCGUCCCGCGUGUCGCCUCGCCAUCGGGCGCAGCAGACGCCUGUGGUGGCGGAUCAUCGCAUGGGCCCUCCCAGCAGCUUCGCGACGCCCGCAACAACCUCCAGCCCUGCUCCUCUGCGCCCGGCCAGUCGCGCCGCGAACCGUCCGGGCAGCCGGAUGUCGGAUGCGGCCGGCCUUUUCCGGACCCAGCAGCCGGCUUCGGCGGCUUCCUUUGCGUCCUUCAAAGCCCCGGCGGCGGCGGCGACCGCCGGCAAGAGACGCCGACACACCAUCGCGCCGGCGGUGGCCGAGCCGUCGACCCUGUCAGGGCGUCGUCGACGCGACAGCGUGGCUUCUGUGGCCACCACGAGCAAACCCACGGAGGUUGAUGCGAGCCCGCGGCUGGAUGCCGAGGCGAGGAAGCUGGCCGCUCGUCGCCAGAUGGAAGAGGACGAUACCGAUAAGCGCAUGGCGGCGUUUAACAAGCAACUGCAAGACAUGAUCCGACAGGGCAGAGCAGCGCUGGGGACGACUGUGGAGGUUGACGCUGGCUGGGAAGAUGCUCUUUGA